AUGUUGACAACAAGGAAUUCAAAAGAGAUGUUGACAUUAAGGAACUCAAUAAGAAAUGUUGACAACCAGGAAUUCAAUAGAGAUGUUGAAAACAAGAAAUUUAAUAGAGAUGUUGACAACAAGGAACGUAAUAGAUAUAUUGACAACAAGGAAUUCAAUAAAGAUGUUGACAACAAGGAACGCAAUAGAGAUGUUGACAACAAGGAACUCAAUAGAGAUGUUGACAUUAAGGAAUUCAAUAGAGAUGUUGACAACAAGGAACUGAAUAGACAUGUUGACAACAAGGAAUUCAAUAGAGAUAUUGAUAACAAGGAAUUCAAUAGAGAUGUUGACAACCAGGAACUCAAUAGAGAUGUUGACAACCAGGAACUCAAUAGAGAUGUUGACAACAUGGAAUGCAAUAGAGAUGUUGACAACAAGGAACGCAAUAGAGAUGUUGACAACAAGGAACUCAAUAGAGAUGUUGACAUUAAGGAAUUCAAUAGAGAUGUUGACAACAAGGAACUGAAUAGACAUGUUGACAACAAGGAAUUCAAUAGAGAUAUUGAUAACAAGGAAUUCAAUAGAGAUGUUGACAACCAGGAACUCAAUAGAGAUGUUGACAACCAGGAACUCAAUAGAGAUGUUGACAACAUGGAAUUCAAUAGAGAUGUUGACAACAAGGAACGCAAUAGAGAUGUUGACAACAAGGAACGCAAUAGAGAUGUUGACAACAAGGAACGCAAUAGAGAUGUUGACAACCAGAAACUCAAUAGAGAUGUUGACAACAAGGAAAUCAAUAGAGAUGUUGACAACAAGGAACGCAAUAGAUAUGUUGACAACCAGGAACUCAAUAGAGAUAUUGACAACAAGGAAUUCAAUAGAUAUGUUGACAACAAGGAAUUCAAUAGAGAUGUUGACAACAAGGAACGCAAUAGAUAUGUUGACAACCAGGAACUCAAUAGAGAUGUUGACAACAAGGAAUUCAAUAGAGAUGUUGACAACAAGGAAUUCAAUAGAGAUGUUGACAACAAGGAACGCAAUAGAGAUGUUGACAACAAGGAACGCAAUAGAGAUGUUGACAACAAGGAACGCAAUAGAGAUGUUGACAACAAGGAACGCAAUAGAGAUGUUGACAACCAGGAACUCAAUAGAGAUGUUUACAUUAAGGAAUUCAAUAGAGAUGUUGACAACAAGGAACUGAGUAGAGAUGUUGACAACAAGGAAUUCAAUAGAGAUGUUUACAACAAGGAACGCAAUAGAGAUGUUGACAACCAGGAACUCAAUAGAGAUAUUGACAACAAGGAAUUCAAUAGAUAUGUUGACAACAAGGAAUUCAAUAGAGAUGUUUACAACAAGGAACGCAAUAGAGAUGUUGACAAUAAGGAACGCAAUAGAGAUGUUGACAACAAGGAACUCAAUAGAGAUGUUGACAACCAGGAACUCAAUAGAGAUGUUUACAUUAAGGAAUUCAAUAGAGAUGUUGACAACAAGGAACUGAAUAGAGAUGUUGACAACAAGGAAUUCAAUAGAGAUAUUGAUAACAAGGAACUCAAUAGAGAUGUUGACAACCAGGAACUCAAUAGAGAUGUUGACAACCAGGAACUCAAUUAUUCACACAAUUUUGUCAUCAAGGUCAUUUGUGCCCUUGCUCUACCUUUUAAACAAAAUAUGCACCAAAACAAUUAA